GGCGCCGCCUACGCCCGUAGACGGGUGCUCUGCUAGCCAAGAAGGCCACAGCACGUCGGCAUUUCAUCAGUGCAGCUCGGGGAUUAGACCUUUGAGCAGCACUCACGCUGCAGCGGCACGCCAUCGCAGCGUCCAGCCAUCGCAGCGCGGCACAGACAUGGCCGACGACGCGACAGAACGACUCCUGAAAGAACAAGCAAGAGCCCACGGCCUCGACGCCUACGCGCCGGAGCCAGAAGGCGUCGCCCCAAAGACCAUCGCCUAUGCCAUACGCCAAGACGCUGAACGCGACGAGGCGGCGCUGCGCGGCUUCGCGGGGCUGCGGGGCGGCGCGAGCAGUAGCUUCGAGAUCGGGGCGCAGUGGAGCGCUGCACCCGCGCCGCCCGCACCCGCGCCGAUAGGCCUGGACCUGACGGCGUUCGACUCAGUGGAGGCGCUCGCGGCCGAGGGCCUCGACGCGCUCAAGGCGGAGCUGACGCGGCGCGGCGCCAAGGCCGGCGGCACGGCGGACGAGCGCGCGGCGCGGCUCUGGCGCAUCCGUGGCCUCGCGCCCGGCGCGGCGCUGCCGGCCGACCUGCGGGCGAAGCAGAAGCGCCCGAAGCCUCCAAAGCCGCCGACGGAGGAGGAGCCCCAGCGCGCGCGCCGCGGCCCCGCCGCGCCCCCCAAACCGCCGAAGCGACGGAAAAAACAACCACCACAGGGCCACCUCAUCGCCACGUCGACCUUCUCGAAGAAGGAAAGAGGCAUCCUGGACUUCGCGGGGACGAGUAGUAGACGAUAA